AUGAUGUUCUCGAACAACAAAAUCAGCAAGGAGACUCUACAAGAGUCUAUUGGUCGUUUACUUGACUAUGCUCACGUUCAUCAUCAAAGGAAGUUCGUGGAAACUGUUGAAUUACAGAUUGUACUGAAAAAUUAUGAUACUCGACGUGAAAAACGUUUUGCCACUAAUAUUCAACUUCGUUAUCCAACACGACCCCGUUAUAAAGUUUGUGUCUAUGGUGAUGAGCAACAUUGUGACGAAGCUCGUCUGCUUAACAUUCCACAUAUGUCAAUGGAUGACUUACGACGGAUGAACAGAGAUAAAAAAAAGAAAAGAACACUUGAACAUCGUUAUCAUGCUUUCUUAGCAUCGGACAAUGUCAUUCGUCAAAUUCCACGUCUGCUCGGUCCGGGUAUCGGUCGCAUCGGAAAGUUUCCAACCUUAGUCACUCAUACCGAACUAUUACAUGAUAAAAUCGAACAAAUGAAAGCAAACAUUCGAGUUCAUUUGAAAAAGCAGCCUCUCAUUAAUAUUCCUGUUGGACAUGUAAAUAUGACUGGAGAACAAUUGAUGAGCAAUAUUACUAUGACAAUCAAUGGCAUUGUAGCAUUAUUACGAAAAAAUUGGCAGCAUGUUGGAAAAAUAUUCAUUAAAAGUACAAUGGGACCAUCUCACCGCUUGUACUAA